AUGUUCGAUGAAACACUGGUUUGGCCUAUCCCUCCACCAGGCUAUCGUAUCCGGGUCCUAAAAAUGCUUAUAUCUAAACUGGAGGAGUCAAUUUCUAACUCUGACGAGGAUGAGGUCUUAGAUGAUCUCAUGAGGAGUUAUAGUGAUCUCAUCAGUUGCCCACGACUGCCCCCUUUUGAAGAAGCGCAGAAGUUGUCUUACAUCCGUUACACAGCCCCCAAAGCUUCAUGCGGACGCCGUAAUGAUCAAUUCGUCAUAACGUUAGAAAACCGCAAUCUCAUACUUGCUUCGAGAACUACAGGAUUCCGCACAUGGGAAGCGGCCUUGCAUCUUGGCACUUACCUUACAACCCCGGAAGGCAGGUCGCUAAUUGAAGAGAAGAAUGUCGUAGAGCUCGGGAGUGGUACGGGGCUUCUUUCCAUGUAUUGUCUGAAAUGUCUUGGUGCCCGGAGAGUGACGGCUACGGACAGAGACCCUGCAUUGAUAUCUAGCAUCAAGGACUGUGCAAUCCGGAACGAUCUUUCUCGCAGUAGAAUCGAUGCGCAGAUAUGGGAGUGGGGAACUCCAUUACAACCUAACCAUCCUCCCUCGUCAAAAGAACCGUACAAAUCAUUUGAUGUUGCACUUGGAGCUGAUCUGGUAUGCAUGCGACACUCCCAAUUCAUUUUCCCAAUAUCGUCGUUAGUGGCUGAUGAAGAUGGCGACGCAUUUGCGCUGUGA